AUGGUUGACUCAGUUGUGGACUCGUCUCAUUCAAACGGUAGUGAUAUUGCCAGCCUUUCUCCCCUCAUUCAGCUUCAAUUUGUGUCGACUACUGUUCUUCAACAGGCCCUUGAUCUUGUGGAGAACAUCCUGACUUCCGACGACCAGCUUACUGUUACAUCCAAAUUCCUUCCAGGGUCAACUAUUGGAAAACAUUUGCGGCAUGCGCGGGAUCAUUUUAUCCUCCUCAUCGAUUGUGUAGCAGGACCCGCCCCACAUAUCUUUUCAUAUGACACCCGCAGCCGUAAUACACCAAUGGAGAGCAAUCUCUCAGAAGCUCGAGAGGCCCUCAAGCAAGCUAUCUCGCGUGUCAAUGAAGUAGUACCCACAGCGAACCUCGACAUCCCACUGACCUUGAACGCCGUGACACCUUUCAUGCAAACCUUUGAGACAACAUUUGGCCGAGAGCUCUGGUUUGCAGGGUUACAUGCAGUUCAUCAUUGGUCCAUGGUCCGGGUCAUAGCAGGAGAGUUGGACAUCAAACUUAACGAUGAUUUUGGUUUUGCUCCCUCCACUCUUGUCUACAAGGGUAGCGAAGCGCUGUUAGGAAAGGCAAAAAUCUGAAAUUCGAGUGUGUUGUAUAGCAUACCUCACAACUAGUAAUAGUACCUCGUACUGAGUUGUCAAUGUUAAAUCCACCGUUGCCGGA